AUGGUUGAUCCGGGGUUCUUUAGACAUCUGCGAGCUAAUUAUAAUGCUGACGAGGAAGACCUCGAAGAUGAUAGUUAUGAGGAUAACUACAGCAAUAAUAAUAGUGAAACAUCCUCCUUGAACAAACUCAGAGACAUGUUUCAUGGAAAACUACAAUCCACAAGGCAGAAAAGUGAGAUCAAAUCUAAUGACCAUGUAACCUUUACCAACCACGAUGAUUACGAUAACGACACUAAUAACUAUAAUACUGAUGACUACAAUGAACUCGCAUACGAAGACAGAGAUUAUGAAUACGAUGACAUAGGUAAUUCUAUCCUGAUAGACUUCCAGCGAUCAUCCAAACAACAUGUAGCUUCUGAUGUUAAUAAUUCAUCGCAUGCCAUACUGUUUGGUGAAGAAUCUGGUUCGCUGAUAUUACAGUUUACGAAUUCCGGCUCUAGCCUUCUACUCACACUGCAUGGUAAACUUACUCUGAAUAGUAGAGUGAUGGAUUUUGGGGGAGAAGGAGAUGGUGGAAUAGAACAAUACCGUCUCAACAAAAGAUUGAGUCUUGAACUGUCGAUUCUUGAUGAGAUCCAGCAUAACUUACCUGAAAAUGAACGGUUCAAAUAUUUGGAGACUUACCAGAAACUUUACAAACGAAAGCACCAUGAAGAAAACCGAGGAGACAACGAUUCAGUUUUCCAAUUAUCUCAUCUUAAUGACUUUGAUCGUUAUGUGAAACAAACAGAAUUAAACGAACUGAUUCAACAGGCCCUACGUGACUCUGGAAGAGAAAACAUUCUUAACGUUAUACCAGAGAAUGAGUUGAAUCAUCGGUUUACUUGGGAGGAUACAAAACAUAGGAAGCAGAAUGGGAAAGGACUACCUACGUUAGAUGUGGAGAAGAUCAAAAAGCCUUCGAAUAUAUGGUAUAAUCGAGACUCGAAGAAGAAUUCUGGAGUUAAUGAUAUUGAAGAGCUUUAUUUCAAGCAUUCCAACUCUGACGAUACAAAUUCAAUGUAUGAACAACAACUGGGAGAAAAGAUGAAACAUAGACAUACUUUAAAGCGGAAAUUAAAGGUUCGACAUCUUCAAAUGAUUUCUCUUGGAGGGACAUUAGGUGUUGGACUUUUAUUAAAUAGUGGCAAGGCUAUUACUAUUGGGGGAGGGUUAGGUGCUGUUCUUGGAUUUACCAUAACUGGUAUCAUUGUCGUAGCCUCUAUUGUUUCAUUCUGUGAAAUGGUGUCAUUCGUUAGUAUUGUGGAUGGUGUAUCCGGGUUAAGUUCUCGUUUUGUAGAUGACGCAUUUGGGUUUGCGGUUGGGUGGCUUUAUUGGUCAAGCUUCGCUAUAGGACUUGCAGGAGAAAUCGUGGCCAGUGUGAUAAUGUUAACCUUCUAUUCCAACUUGAAGAUAUUGGAGCAUAAGGGUACUAUGAUUGCGUUUGUCAUAUUGUUUUUAGGAUUUGUCGUUGGAGCAAAUUUAAUGGAUGUGGAGUAUUAUGGAGAAAUUGAAUACUUUUCUGGUCUAAUAAAAGUCAUAAGUAUUUUGCUGUUGACGAUAUUGAUGAUUGUUUUGAAUAGAGGGGGGUUAAAUAAUGAAGUCAUUGGCUUCAAAUAUUGGGAUCAUUCUCAACUGGAUUUUGAGAAUGGGUUAAUUUAUGGACCCUUUCGACCUUCGUUUAAUUUGAAUGAUAAUGUUAUCGGAAGCACUGGUCUUCAUGGUGGGAACUUGGGAAGAUUUCUUGCGGUGAUUGUUGCUUGUUUGACCACUUGUUAUGCUUAUAGUGGAACAGAAAUUGUUUGCAUUGCAGCAUGUGAAGCCAAUAAUCCAAGGAAGGCUCUUCCCUCGGCAACCAAAAGAGUAUUUUUCAGAGUGCUUAUAUUCUACAUUCUUGCAUCAUUUGUGGUUUCGCUUAAUCUUUAUGCUGGAGAUCCACGUUUAUUACGAUACCGAUCUCAUGCCCAUGGAAGUGAUACGGAGUAUUAUCAUACUUUAGUUGGGCUUUUAGGAGGAGAUAAGUGCAAUACCGAUUACAAUUCGAAGUUAUUUGCUGGGUUUUCCAAUGGUUCGCAAUCACCUUGGAUUGUUGCUUUGCAAAGUAUAGGGGCAUGUAAUGGAUCAGGAGUUGUCAAUGCCCUUUUAGUAUUCUUUGCUGUUACCUGUGGGACAUCACAGAUCUACGUUAGUUCUAGAACAGUCUACUCAAUGUCGUUACAAGGUAAAGCACCUAAGAUCUUGAGUCGAUGCAAUAGAUUUGGUACCCCCUAUAUGGCAGUACUUUUCCUGUCACUGUUUGGACUAUUGGCCUUCUUUUGUGUUAGUGAAACCGCUACUCAAGUGUUUCAAUAUUUGAGUAGUUUUGUCGCCUCUCUGGGAAUCAUUGUUUGGUGUGGCAUGUCGUUAUCAUUCAUUAGAUUUUACUAUGGCUUACAGAGAAGACCAGACAUUAUGUCCAGAGACGAUAAGAGUUACCCUUAUCGAUCUCCCUUCCAACCGUAUACCGCGAUAGUUGGGUUUGUGGGUACGGCGAUCAUUGUACUUUCAAUGGGGUUUGUUGUUUUCCUCAAGGGUGAAUGGGAUGUUUUAUUUUUCUUUACCAGUUAUGGAACUUUAUUCCUCUUUAUUAUUUUGUAUAUUGGUUAUCGAGUGGUUAAAGGAGCUCGAAUGAGGAAUUUGGAAUCGUUGGAUUUCGACCUGGGAAGACGGGAAAUGGAUAGGUACCUUUGGGACGGAGGUCGUGAGUAUAACAUUCGGAGCUUUAAGGACAUUUCUCAUAAGUUACUAGGAUUUUUUGCGUAA